AUGCGUCCUUCUCAGGGGGCUUGGUUUUCUAAACACAGCUUCAGGUUUCAAUUAUGUCUUGAAAUACUAUCCGGCUUCCAAAGCAACCUGCAAAUUAACUACUUCUCUUUGUUACAGACAAACCUCCCAAUCUUCAAAUUGAAGGAGUCAUGUGUGAGGAGACGAUAUAGUGACUUUGAAUGGCUGAAGAAUGAGCUGGAACGAGACAGUAAGAUUGUAGUGCCACCGCUGCCUGGAAAAGCUUUGAAACGACAGCUUCCCUUCCGAGGAGACGAAGGCAUCUUUGAGGAGUCCUUCAUUGAGGAGCGGAGACAGGGACUAGAACAGUUUAUUAACAAAAUUGCUGGACACCCACUGGCACAGAACGAGCGCUGCUUACAUAUGUUCCUGCAAGAGGAGACUAUUGAUAGGAAUUACGUCCCAGGGAAAGUGCGCCAGUAGGAGCACCUGGCACUGUCUUCCUCCAUUCCACCCUCCCUCCUGCAAAAAUGACAUUUAUUUUUACACUAAAUCUGUCUUCUCUGAACCAGCUUUUCCUCUCUUGAACCUCCCAGUUUGUUCAGUAUUUUCCUCUUUUGUAACUGGCAGCAGCUUGUUCUACUGGGCUGUGGUCUUGGCCUAAAGGUAUGAAGAUUUAUGCAAGUGAGCGUGUUGUCCCGCACCUAGUGGCAGAUGUGAACAGGUGUGGAGCAGGAACUUGCUUAUGGCCUUAUGGCGUAGGAGCUGCCUCUCUCCCUGUACAGGAAGGUAUGAUAUGACCUUCACUCCCCUGUCCGUGCAGCCCCAAACAUCUCUGCAGGAGACUCUGAAGAAUAGCAGUUGUCAUGUUGGUCAGUGAUUGCAUCGGGUAUUAGAGUUUUAGUAAGGCUUAUCCAAACCAGUGAGUAGGUGCCUGGGUGUGUUGGUCUCUCGUCCACCCCAUUCACCCUGCAUGAAACCCCCAUUCUUCACUGUCUGGAAGUGCUGAGACCCAAAACCUACUCUAACCCUGCUCUCAGCCUCCUGCGUUACAGACCCGUUUGGUGUAUUCGUGUUAAUUCUCCUCCUUUCUAACGUGCUGCUGGCAGCUCGAGGGGUUACCAUGCUCUCAUGAUGCUCUGCGUGGGCAGUUUGGCGUGUGGAAGCUGGGAUAGCCUGGGCUGU